CGCUGACUGAAAACUUUGUUCCAUUUUGAACCCCGUGGAAUACCUCUGCCUUAUAGUGGAUGGAAUGGAUCAGAAAAAGACAACCAUUCCUCACAUUGGCAUGUAUAAUUACUCCAAGGAUCAUCGACACGACAUGAUGAUGAAAACGAACCUGACCACGGUCGUAGCUCACGGCAGGAAACCGUCCAUUUAUGUGUACACGCAUUUGCCUUUCUAUGCGCACGGUUCCGAUGGCACCAUGACGUGCGUUAUGCGGACUCUAUGUGAGUUGCAGGCGUCGGGACAGAAAUGGCCACGCCACCUCCGCAUUCAGGCGGACAACUGCUGGAGGGAAAAUAAAAACCAAUACCUUAUGUGUUUGGCCUCUCUUCUGGUGAAAUUCGGGAUUUUCGAAGAUGUCGAAGUGGGGUUCAUGCUCGUUGGCCACACGCAUACCGACAUAGAUGCGACUUUUAGUGUUUUCUCGAAGAAACUGAAGGACAACGAUGAUUACACCAUGAAGCAGUUGUUCUCGCUUAUCGAGUCGUCGCACAAGAUACCGCCGAAGUGCAUUGAGCUCGAUCACAUUGCCGAUUGGCGCCGGGUAGUGGAUCGAUACGUCGACAGAACCAUCGUCGGCGUAUCGAAACCGCACCUCUUCAAAUUCUUCAUGCAUGACGGCAGUCCCGUCAUGGUGUACAAGAAGUAUUGUACCGAUGCGGAAUGGAUGCCGGAAGGCAGACCAGUUCACUGGUUCCCGGUUGUCGAUGGCCAGUAUGCAGGCCCUACCUCCCCUCCACAGCCAUGUGUUAUUCCCCGUGUCGUUAAAGACGAUUUUCGGAUGGCUCGUGACAGUGUCCAAAAAUUUGUGGACGUCCUCGAACAGCAUAGACACAUGUGGCAGACAUAUAGGAAGGAGGAGGUCGACAAGCGGGAGGAUGCUUUGUCUUACUGGAAAGCCAUCUUCGUCGAGGCGGACGACAUGAUCCAAAAGCAAAAGAAGAAGGAGAUGGAAGAGGGUGAGGAAAAGGAUGUCCUCGGGGCGGACGAGCCGGAGAUCUACCCUCACGCCUUCUGGCCACAAUCAGUCGAAACUGUGGACGAAGUUCAAAAAGCCGAUCCUUCUUCGCCAGAUGCUUCGCUUAUAUAUGUAGGACCGAGGGCGGGCCGUCCAAAAGUGGACUUUGACCAUCGGCGCCAUAUAAGCAAAGGUGAUUUUCUGAUUUUUAGGCCGCCUGGUGAGGAACCGUCUCAAGGUGUCCCGUUCUGGGUUGGCAGAGCACAGUCUAAGGUUGUGGACGACCGUUCCUCACCGCAUUUCGGUUGUUUACGUAUACAGUGGUGGAUGCCUACAGGUCACUCAUCCGAUCUUCGCGAAAGGUACUCUGGCGCUUGGACGAAGAGGUGGAAACUUUCCACUUCGGACGAGGAACAAUGGCAACACGCCGAAACCGUGGCUUAUUCUUGGAGAAGACCUUUUCGCAAAGGGACGGAUGAGACCAAAUUCGUGACAGGCCUUGCAAUACCGACAUCCGUUUGCGAGAAAGCGCUUGUGGCCUUGGGUGACGACUGUCUUUCCGAUCUUAUCAUCAUGAACAAAUGCAUUUGGGCACAACAAACGCUCAAUCUUGACAGCGAUUAUCUGCAUAUCGAAGCUGGGGCCGGCCUCGAUGGUUACAUUGCACCCGAAACACGUGUUGUUGAUGGACAAACUAUAAUAGUUCGUGAUAGAGGAUCAAAUAUGUGGUACCUCUACUGGAGUUUAGAAGAAGUCAAACUUUUGGAAGUUUCAUCCUGUCAGGAGCAGAAGAUGGACGUCGAGGAUAUGGUAGAUGACUGGAAGUCGCUGCGCUUCGAACAAGAGUGGGGUUGUACGGACGAGCGGCAUGCUAAACUUUGUGCAUGGUACUGCAUCGAGAAGCCGCAGUUGCGUUUUCCUGUGAUCAUAGACUACCAUGGCCGAGUUCGUCUGUUCAACCGUGACACCCCUGUGCUGACUCUUUUCACGGUGGCCAGCUUUGUGGUGAACAUCGUGUCGGGUUCGGAUGACCUUUUGUCUAAUGCAGGACUUCGGCACGAAUCAGCGUUCGUUGUAAUGUCGUCGAGACCUUCGACAAGCGUCAGCAUGAGUCCCGAGACGCACAUGCGCUUGAGUCCCGAGAAGCACAUGCGCUUGGCAAAAUCGUUUUCACCUUAUGCGACAUCGGUGCGGCAUCAUGACGGUCAAACGUGGAUCGACGAAGCAGCCAAGGAGGACUUCGACGAGGACCCAUUGAUGCCCGUCAAACCGUACAUGAACCGGCAUCUCGACGAAUGGAACGAUAAUGAUUGGAAGGCGAUGGAGCGUGUGUGCCCUUGGGCAAGCCAUUACAAGUUUGCCAACAUGUUAGAGUUCGGGAGCCUCGUUGCACUGCCUGAUGGUGUCCUCCAGCGAAAGACCCUGGACGAUAAGGGUAAAACGAUCCGCUACCGUACCAGCUUCAGACGUCACCUCGGCUGCGAGUACAUCACAUCUUCGCCACGAACUUGGAGAAGUUCGCAGAAGCAAGAGUUGGUGUACUGCGCUCGUCAUUGUUCAUUCUUGGAACACUACCCACCCCGUUGCCCAGGGACUUCUCCACAAGCUCUAUCGUACUGUUGUGUGCGGUUGACGGAUGACGGAUGUCCUUUCGCGAGAGUGCUAUGUGUGGCUUCUUCACGCAGAAGUAGGAAACUUGUGGAUGCGGUUGUGCUUGUGUCACGCAGCGAUAUGGUGCUUCAGGGAUCCAAGUUCAAGGCGGUCAUGUCUCGCCCAGAUGUAGAUGGGCGGUCAGACUUUGUGAGAGCAGGUCAGGGAUCCAAGUUCAAGUCCGUGAUGUCUCCCCCCGAUGGAGAUGGGCGGUCAGAUUUCGUGAGAGCAAGUCGGGUCAGAUGUUUAUCAUUGUGGCAUGAGGUGGAAGAGAAAGUGUCGGACAUACGAGACUGUAUAGGGAAUUUCUUAGCACGAUCAGGAGGGUUUGUCAGGAUGAAAUACAUGUCCGUGUUUCGGAGAAUGCAACUGUCCACGAACCGCAGAGCCACGUAUAUGGACCAUCUAUGAAUGCCAUGUAUGGUUUCGGUUCACGACCUCGUCCGCGAGAAACCCCGUAUGCCACAAGAUACG